UCAAACCCAAUUCCCAGUCUUCCCCCUCCCAGAAACUACAAAAAGGUCUCUCUUUUUCUCUGUUUAGCAAUGGAGCCAGCGACGGCCACCGCUGCGGCGGCACCACCGGUUCCGGCACUGAAGGAUGAGUUGGACAUAGUCAUACCCACCAUUAGGAACCUUGACUUUCUCGAGAUGUGGAGGCCGUUCUUUCAGCCAUACCAUCUCAUCAUCGUCCAAGACGGUGAUCCUACGAGGACCAUCAAGGUUCCUGAGGGAUUUGACUAUGAGCUCUACAACAGGAACGACAUCAACAGGAUUCUGGGUCCUAAGGCUUCCUGCAUUUCCUUCAAGGACUCAGCUUGCCGCUGCUUUGGCUAUAUGGUGUCCAAGAAGAAGUAUAUCUACACCAUUGAUGACGACUGCUUCGUUGCUAAGGAUCCAGCUGGCAAACCCAUCAAUGCACUUGAGCAGCACAUCAAGAACCUUCUCUCCGCAUCUACUCCCUUUUUCUUCAACACUCUGUAUGAUCCAUUCAGAGAGGGGGCAGAUUUUGUCCGUGGAUACCCAUUCAGUCUCCGUGAGGGUGUUCCCACUGCUGUUUCCCACGGCCUCUGGUUGAACAUCCCUGAUUAUGAUGCACCCACACAACUUGUGAAGCCCCUUGAGAGAAACACCAGGUAUGUGGAUGCAGUCUUGACAAUUCCAAAGGGCACCCUGUUUCCAAUGUGUGGUAUGAAUUUGGCAUUCGACCGUGAGCUCAUUGGCCCUGCCAUGUACUUUGGUCUCAUGGGAGAUGGUCAACCCAUUGGACGCUAUGAUGACAUGUGGGCAGGCUGGUGCACCAAGGUCAUAUGUGACCAUUUGGGAUUGGGAGUCAAAACAGGUCUGCCCUACAUAUUCCACAGCAAAGCAAGCAACCCAUUUGUUAACCUAAAGAAGGAGUACAAAGGCAUCUUCUGGCAGGAAGAGAUCAUUCCAUUCUUCCAGCAAGCUGUUCUUCCGAAGGACUGCACCACCGUUCAAAAAUGCUACAUUGAACUUGCCAAGCAGGUGAAGGAAAAGCUUUCCAAAGUGGAUCCCUACUUUGACAAGCUGGCAGAUGCCAUGGUCACAUGGAUUGAAGCUUGGGACGAGCUGAACUCAUCUGGAGCCACCGCGCCCAAUGGCAAAGCCUAAUAGAAAGUUUUCAUUAGCUUCAGAUGACAUUGUUUUGUUACAGUUAUGAAACUAAAAUAGCCUUUUAGUCAUGAUUGUACCUUUAUCUAUUUAUGUAUCUUCUUGCUUAUGUAUGUGGUUUAAACAUUUCAAUAUUUCUAAUUUCAGAUGUAACUUUAACAUGUUGCAGAGUUUUUUACAACAAUAAACAGUCAUUCAUUUA